AUGGAGGCCAAGGUCCGGCCGAGCCGGCGUUCGCGCGCGCAGAGAGACCGCGGCCGGCGUCGGGAAGCCACCCGAGACGCCCGCGCGCAGAGCCCGUCGUCGGGUGACGAGCCGGAGCCCAGUCCUGGCAAGGAGAACGCGGGAGUCCGCGGCGCGCCGUCUCAGCGCCCUACGCCACUGCGCGCAGCGCGCCCCCCGCGGCGCCGGCGCCGCGAGUCCAGUUCACAGGAGGAGGAGGUUAUUGACGGCUUUGCUAUAGCCAGCUUCAGCACUCUGGAGGCCCUGGAGAAGGACAUGGCUCUGAAGCCACAUGAGCGGAAGGAGAAAUGGGAUCAACGCCUCAUCAAGAAGCCUCGAGAGUCAGAAAACUGCCCAUCUGCUGAGCUGAGUGAGAACAGGCAGCCCCUGGAGGUGGGCAGUCCAGGGCAGAAUGCAGAGCCCACUUGUGAUGAAGGGACUAGGAAAGUCCCAUUGCAGCCCUCCAAACAGAUGAAGGUCACCAUGGCCAGAGGGGGUGACCAGAACAGUGACGAUGACAGUAUCCUUGAAGCGUCCAGUUCUCAGCAUAGCAACUCCCGGGACCAGCUGAGCGAUAGCUCUGCACAGGCGGUUUCCGGGAGAGGCUACUCAUGCGACAGUGAGAGUGGCGUGGAUGACAAGGCAUCUGUAGACUCUGAGAAGCUCUUUGCCCUGGCAUCUGACAGAGGCUCUGGGAAAGGUGAGAAGUCAGAGGCCAAGGCUGGGGCAGUGCCCAAGGUGUCAGGCCUGGAGCGCAGCCGUGAGCUCAGCACCGAGUCUUUACUGCCUGACACAGCACCGGCGCCCUCAGGACCUCUGCCAGGAGCUCAGGACAGCCCUCUGGUGAAGAGGGAAGCCCCCCUAGUACCUCACCACGUCUCGCAGCCACAGCUCACCCCGCAGCAUCGUGGCUCACUCCCAACACACGUGCCUCUGUCCUUGGGCGCCUUCGUGGGCCCUGGCUCUGGCCAGGUGGCACCCAACAGCCUGCACCUGCAUAGCCUCAGCAGGAGCAGCAGUACAGUCAGCGGCACCCCUCUGGGCCUGGCGAAGCACGUGACACUGUCACAGCACGUGACACUGUCGCCACAUGGCCCUGGCCCCCACCUGUCUACCUCACACCUGGCGCUCAGGUCCCAGGCGCAGCACCAGCACCACGCUGCAGCAAUGUUUGCUGCCCCCCCAACACUGCCCCCGCCCCCAGCAUUGCCCGCCAGCAGUCUGGUCAUCCCAGGACACCCUGCCGAUGCCAGCCUGUUGAUCUCAUUCAACCAGCCAAUCAUGUAUUGCCAGCCUCAUUCGGGGAUUCUGAUUGAUCACGAACUGCUCAGGCAAGAGCUGAACACGCGGUUUCUGGUGCAGAACACCGAGCGGCCUGGCGCCUCCCUGGGCCCGGGGGCUCUGCUGCGGGCCGAAUUCCACCAGCACACGCAUCAGCACACGCACCAGCACACACACCAGCACCAACACACAUUUGCCCCCUUCGCUGGCCUGCCCCCGACGCCGCUCAUGCCACCCAGUGCACCCUCGCCGUUUGACAAGUUCUCUCUCAAGCUGGACAGCCCCUACUUCCGACAUUCCAACACUUCAAACUCAAUCGAGAUAACAGGCCGGGCCAGUGCGGUUCACACUUUCCUGCAGAAAGCCCCUGGGGUGCCUGAUCCGUACCGGACAGCAGUCAGGAAACCAGGGAAGUGGUGUGCGGUACACGUGCAGAUCGCCUGGCAGAUCUACCACCAGCAGCAGAAGAUGAAGAUGCAGCUGGACCCCCACAAGCUGGAGGUUGGCACAAAGCUGGACCUUUUCAGCCGGCCCCCUGCCCCAGGCAUGUUCUCUGGGUUCCACUACCCACAGGACCUGGCCCGGCCCCUCUUCUCCAGCACAGAGGCAGGAGGUCCCAGGUCUGGAAGCUCUUGUCAGCUUGGCUACCCCCACCUAGGUGUCACUCAUCCAACCGCCAACCCAUUUGGACCCUCAGCUCAUCAUGGCAGCUUCCUGCCCACUAGUCAUCUAACAGACCCCUUCAGCAGAUCCAGCACCUUUGGAGGCCUGGGGAGCCUGGGCAGCCAUGCUUUUGGAGGUCUGGGCAGCCAUGCAUUGAGGGGCAGCAUCUUUGCCUCCAAGGAGGGCACAGCUUUGCUUGGCCUGCCCAGUCCUCAUGAUUCCUGGAACCGGCUGCACCGGGCACCGUCUUCUUUUCCUACCCCGCCCCCAUGGCCCAAGCCAAUGGAUACGGAGCGCUUCUCAGCCCUGACCAACCACGACCGAGAGCCUGACAAAGGCCAGGAAGAGCAUGAGCGGGACCUCCUGGAGAAGACGCACCUGCUGAGCCACAACUCGCCUGCAGCACCAGUGAGCCACCCCAUCAGCAGCCUCCUGCAGCGGGGCCCCGGUGAGCUGGGCCUCCCUAGAAUCCUCACAGAGAGCGAGGCUGAGCCUCGGGUCAAGGAGAGCCACUCAUCAAGCAAAGAGGAUGCUGCCAAACAAGGUGCACAACCUCCAUCGCCCUACUGCAAGGCAGCCCUGGAUGACUGCCUGCGCCUGGCAGGCCUGUUGGGUCGGGAGUCAGGGAAGCAGACGCCUGAGCAGCCCCAGGGCGAUGUGAAGGUAAAGGAGGAGCACAGGGAAGACGAGACACCGGAGCUCACGGGCAUCAGCGUGCACUCUACAGCCACACAUUUGGGCCUGGGCACGUCGGGCUUCGUGUGGGACCUGCCGCGCGACACCUACCGGGGCCUAGAACUGCCACGCCGCACUUUUCCCGCCCCGCCGCCCGCUGCGGGCCCCGCUGCCUUUGAGCUCUCAGAGCGUACCUACCGCGACCGCGAGCCUCACGACUACAGCCCGGAUUGCCUGCGGGAGGUGCGCCGGGAAGAGCUGGAGCGCACGUGCGCACCCGCCUCGGGCACCGCGCUCUUGCCGGCACUGCAUUACCCGCGCCUGGCUCCUGGCGCGCUACACAGCACGCUCCUGGCCCGGACCCCGCCGGCCACCGCUGCACUCGGGGCGCCUCCUCCACUGGUGGCUGCAAGCGGGGUGUCUACGCCACCAGCGCGCUCUAGGACGACGCCGCUGCAGCUUGGGCCUGGCGAGGCGCGCGACUACUCACCAGCUGCGUGCAACCCGCCUGAGGUGGAGGCUCGGUAGUCCCAGCAUAGCAGACUGACUCACUUAAAUACCUGGGAUCUGAGCACAGUUCCUCUGGUCCAGGAGCAGCGCCGCUCGCUCCACGCUGGGGCUUGCAUAGUCCAGGACUUUACUCUUUUCUGGGGGUAACUUCAUUUUCCAAGGUUGCAGUUAGGACACUGGGAAAAAUUUAGCUUUGUAACCGCCCCCCUCAACAGGUGACAAGCAUUUUUAAUGGUUUUGUAUUUUUCUUAAUUUUGUGCUCUAACAUUUUAAAGAACCAAAAAAAGAAAAAAAGAAAUUUUAUUUGGGAUUUACAGUUUCACGUCUCAGAUUCCGUUUGAGCCCCAGAGUUUGUCUUAUUUAUGGAAAGAAACAGUCUUUCUGUCUAGCGCACUGUGAGGCUCCACACUCAGGCCCGGCUCUGGCCUUCCCUUGGUACUUGGAACCGAAGUUACAGAUAUAUAUUAAAAUAAUAAUAAUAAUAAUAAUAAUAAUAAUAAUAAUGUACAAAACUUUGGGUUUUCUGCCUUAUGCAUAGGUGUAAGACGAUUUCUUUGGUUUGAUUUUUUUUAGAGAAAAACAUGUAAAUAUUCUGUUGAUAUAAUUAUAAAACUUAUUAAAUUCUUAACCUGGACAGUCUAUAACAAGUUUCUAGAAAUCCCUCUGGUUAUUUGUGUACGUGGUCACAAAAACCCACUUGGCUGUCAGUUGUGAACACACUCAGCAGAGUAUCUGCAGCGACUAUCCUUCAGCUAUGCAAGCCUCUGAGGCAAGACAGGAUGUUUAGGGGGGAGAAAGUACCUGAGCCUCCUAUCAGAGUGGUUGGGCCUCCCAGAGAGCCACACUUAUGGGCAUCUCCUUAGACUAACUGUGGACUUCAGGAGUGACCCUAGUUACAAGGACAAACCCGUGCCCAUGUGCUAAUCCUAGUGUUGCGUUGUCUGGAUCUUGGAAGUUGGUUCCGAGAAAAAGAUAAGUUUCUUCCUAGCACCUGUCUGGGUGUUGCCCUCCCCACCCCCACUAUCACCACUAAACCAAACAGUCUGUUUUCUUGUCAAUCAACAGUGAUAAAUACAGCCUUGAUUUGGAUAAAA